CCGGGCCUAACAUUAAUGCCACAACAACCACUUUUUGUACCUCAUUUCCUAGUACUUGUCAAUCCAUAGCCUACUCCAUUAAGCUAGUUCUAAGUGGCAAUGGCAGCCUCAUCUGCAAUGCAAUCCAUCUUAGCCAGACCACCUUUGAAUCGUGUAGUUUCAAACAGAUCUACUAAUAGGGUGAACCAGUUUCUAAUUCCCACUAGUUACGUGCCACAUUUGCCCAGAUAUGCUAGUAGUAUGCGAGUCCGGUGCAUGGCAGAGGAGGACCAGCAGGAGCAGCCAAAGCCUGUUACAACUUCACCUUCACCACCUCAGCCCCAACAAACCCCUCGUCCUGCACCCAAGCAGGUGAGCACAAAGUUCUCCGACAUAUUGGCAUUCGGUGGGCCUGCACCGGAGAGGAUCAACGGUAGGCUAGCAAUGAUUGGCUUUGUUGCUGCAUUGGCAAUGGAGUUAUCCAAUGGCCAAAAUGUGUUUGAACAGAUAUCCAAUGGUGGGAUCCCAUGGUUCCUAGGAACUAGCAUUGUGCUCUCUUUUGCAUCCCUAAUUCCUUUGUUCCAAGGAGUUAGUGUGGAGUCUAAGUCAAAGGGGUUGAUGACCUCAGAUGCUGAGAUGUGGAAUGGAAGGUUUGCUAUGUUGGGUUUGGUUGCACUAGCCUUCACCGAGUAUGUUAAGGGUGGAACCCUUAUUUAGGUCUCCGAUGUGCUAACUCAGGCUAGCUUGUAUAAAUGGUAAUUUCAAUUUCCAUGUAAUUUGGAAAGAGUAGCUCAUGUAAUCCAAUUUUCAGUGAAUUUGAUUUCAAUUUUAUCAAGAAGAAAUAGAGAAUUAUCUGCAAAA